AUGUGGGGUGAAGUUGAUACACGCGCGAAGCAACUGAGACUUUUUAUUUCUUCUUCUUUUAGGUUUUCUUAUAUUGCUAUCUGCUGUCUCGCAUUACUACAUCUUUUGGAUAAAAUCAAUGUGGAGAAAGCUGUGGACUACAUUUUAAGUUGUAAAAAUCAUGAUGGCGGAUUUGGAUGCACGCCUGGUGGGGAGUCUCAUGCAGGUCAGAUUUUCUGUUGUGUGGGAGCCCUUGCUGUCACAGGGUCUCUACAUCGUAUUGACAAGGACCUUCUUGGAUGGUGGUUAUGUGAGCGGCAAGUUAAAUCAGGAGGCCUUAAUGGUCGUCCAGAGAAGCUUCCUGAUGUGUGCUACUCAUGGUGGGUUCUAUCUAGUUUAAUCAUGAUCGACAGGGUUCAUUGGAUCAAUAAGGAAAGGAUUGCCAAGUUCAUUUUAGACUGCAAGGACAUUGAAAAUGGGGGAAUUUCUGAUAGACCAGAUGAUGCAUGUGAUGCCUACCAUACAUUGGUGUAGCAGGACUUUCCUUACUUGAAUAUCCUGGGGUGAAGGCCAUAGAUCCAGCUUAUGCUUUGCCAGUUGAUGUUGUAAAUAGGAUUUUCUUAUUAGGCAUAAAGGGAUGAACACUUGUAACAGCAUGCAUGCACACUUGAGAUAUAGUAUUCACUAUGGUGCUGCCCUGUGGUACAUGUAUCUGUUGUAAUUCCUAGAUAUAUGAAUUGGUUAAAAGAUUGAUGGGGUGAUGUGGAGCAACUCGGUUCUGAAUGACUGCGAUGUCUGAUUAAGUUCUUAUCAGUUUCAGUUCAAAUAGACUAAACCGUAAUGUUC